CUGACAGUCCAGAGAGAUGGCAGCCUUGCUGGCAGAAAUGCAUCCCGCAGGGUAUGGCUGCCUCUUUCACCGCACCAUAGAAGGAUGGCUUGGCCAUAUUUCUAGAAUACUAAUUACUGAGUUGUGUGUUCAUGCUUUUGUCCUGUGAGCCCCUGAACAACAAAGGGUGGGAGGAUAGGGGCUGCAAAUCCCAUGUGAAAGCAUCUGGAGGAGGACUGGAGUCAUGCAGUGAGAGGAGAGGGCCAUUGUAAUAGCAGGAGAAACCCACUGAUGCUGUUGUACACUUCUGUCCUCACCCUGCUUUUCACCAGGUUCUCAGCCUUAUGUAACUGAGCCUCCUAUGUCUCCAGAGCCACAUUUUUCCCCACCUUGGCAACAGACUUGCACUGUGGCCUCCCCUGAACCCCACUGCUGUGUGCAGUAUGACGGGUAGAGCUCCAGUUGCGUCAGUUUGGGGAUUGUUGCUAGGCAGAGCACACAGCAUCGUCCUUGAGGCCUCCCAAUGUCAUGUUUAACCCUGCCAGGGCUGCAGCGUGGUAAGAGAUGGGGCCAGCUGGGGGAAGUGAGAAAAUAACCCAUAGGUGCUUGGAGAGGGCCUGCAUAAACUUCCAAAGGUUACUCAUGUCAGGUUUCAGUCAAAAGAAUAGAGAAAUUGUGCAGCCCUCAGCAGAAGACAGUCCAAACAGCUUCAAUACAAGAUGUUGCUCUGUGAAAGCGUGCUAUUGAAAGGUGCUAUUCCUUGUCCAAAGGCCUUGGGGCUAGUUGCAGUGAGAAGUCUACCCUCCAGUCUGGGGCAAAGGAUCCUGGUUAGACCUGCUGUCUGCACUCCGCUGCCUUCCAACCUGCCUCCAGCCCUGAAUCCUUGGCCCCCAUUGUGGCUUCAGAAGUGCCCAUUGCAAUACGGGGUCCACAGCAGGUCAUGGGCUCCCCAGCAGUGUCAGCCCAACCACAGCACUGAGGGAAGGGGCCACUCGUGUCACCUGGGGAGGUGCAGCUUUACUGAUGGUUGUGUAGUGAGCAUGGGUUGAAUGCAAGGCCCUUUAUACCUCCUCGGGUGCAGGUAAAAACAGGUAAAAUUCACAGUGACCACUGGCCUCUGCAGUGAAGGCAUCAGCAAUCUUGUUGCUCGAAGGUUGGCAAGUCCCUCUUGUUCCUGAGCAACUCUUCAGUCUCUGGCCAUUUGCUGCCAUGGCAAUAAGGGAACAUUUGGAGCAGCCCUUAGAAGGCAGGAAGAGUGCAGAUGUAUCUAAUUUAUCCUAGCCAUGCAGAAAUUAAGAGGCAGGAAGCCAUAGGUUCGCAUCACUUAGCAAAAAAGGGCCUUCUGGGAAUGGUAUCAUUUGUGGUUUGUAGUCCCAUCGAAGAGGGAAGAAUUGCAAGAAUUGUAUAAUUUCUGAUGGCUGCCAGAAUUAUGAGUUUACUUGGGUCUUACAACAACAACAACAACAACAACCAAAAAGGGAAAGGCAAAAAAAACCCCUCCAAACCAAUGACCAUUUGAGCUUACUUUAAUCCUUUAGGUCCUGGUGCCUCCAAAACACUGGCUAGAGAAAUGCUUUCCUCCCUUUAGUUUAUUGAGGAAGAUGAGUCCCAGUUGUAAUGAAGCCACAAACUGCUGUUUGUCAGUUGGUGCAUUGGGAUCCCAGAAAUUCUUAGGUCAGGACAGACUGAUGGCUUCCUCAAGCUUUAUGGUCCAUCAGUCCACUCUCAGUGAAUUACAAGGUGCUAUUACUGGAAUACCUGGACUCUGCAGAUUUGCCUCCAGCAGUGUUUGCAGACUGAGGAAAGUGGUGGCAAAGGAUGGCAGCCCAGGCACGCCAGGAAGCCAAGCUGUGUCCUUAGGCUGCCUCCUGAAAGAGUUAAUGCAGAGCCAUGUUCCAGGUGUUUGAAGUGACUACAGUUGCAAAGGGGAGGAGAGGUCAUUUUUGGGUGGGGAGAGCAGCCCUCUCUGUGAGCCAAUGGCUAAAUGAUUCAGUCUCAACGCCCAGUUUUGGGGAUUAUUUCAUGGGCAAAAAUUCAUAGGACUUUCCUCUCAAGGGGAUUUGUCCUGGAUGAAAACUAGGGACUGGACCUCCAGGCUUGUUGGUGUCUCCCUGUCUGUGCUGUAGAAGCUCUCAGGAUGGACUCAUACCUGAUCCAAGUGAAUGGCCAUGGAGAUCAUGCCCCUAUGCUGGAUGUUCAUCUCAAGAACACUGGGAACACCAUAUCAGCAGGGAAGGUGAAGGGUCGGAAGCCAAGGUGGGCUGUCAGGGCUUCUGAAAUGUCAAAGAAGACUUUCAAUCCUGUCCGAGCCAUUGUAGACAGCAUGAAGGUGGAACCCAACCCAAAGAAAGCCAUGAUCUCCUUGUCCUUAGGAGACCCGACGGUCUUUGGAAACCUUCCCACAAAUGAUGAGGUCACACGGGCUGUGAAGGAGGUUUUGGACUCAGGACAGUACAAUGGUUAUGCUCCAUCUGUUGGCUACCAGUCCUGCCGGGAAGCUGUGGCUGCAUACUACAACUGCCCGGAGGCACCACUGAAGGCCCAGGAUGUCAUCUUAACGAGCGGCUGCAGUCAGGCCAUAGAGCUUGCCUUGGCAGUGCUGGCCAACCCAGGCCAGAACAUCCUGGUGCCACGGCCUGGCUUCUCCCUCUACAAGACUCUGGCAUUGUCUAUGGGAAUAGAGGUCAAACUCUAUAAUCUCUUGCCAGAGAAGGCUUGGGAAAUUGAUUUGGAGCACUUGGAGUCUUUGGUGGAUGAGAAAACAGCUUGCCUAAUUGUGAACAACCCAUCGAACCCCUGUGGCUCUGUGUUCAGCAGGAACCACCUCCAGGAGAUCCUGGCAGUGGCAUCAAGACAGUGUGUGCCCAUCCUGGCUGAUGAGAUCUACGGAGACAUGGUAUUCGCUGACUGCAAGUAUGAGCCCAUUGCAACUCUCAGCACCAAUGUGCCAAUCUUGUCCUGCGGCGGCUUGGCAAAGCGAUGGCUAGUCCCUGGCUGGCGGAUGGGCUGGAUCCUAAUUCAUGACAGGAGAGACAUCUUUGGUAAUGAGAUCAGGGAUGGCCUUCUAAGACUGAGUCAAAGGAUCCUAGGACCCUGCACAAUUGUCCAAGGAGCACUGGAGCGUAUCUUGCACCGAACGCCACCUGAGUUCUACCACAACACCCUAAGCAUCCUCAAGUCUAAUGCUGACCUUUGUUAUGCUGCCUUAUCAGCUAUCCCUGGCCUUCAGCCUGUCAGGCCUACUGGAGCUAUGUACCUGAUGGUUGAGAUAGAGAUGGAGCAUUUUCCGGAGUUUGAAAAUGAUGUGGAGUUCACUGAGCGACUCAUCUCGGAGCAGUCUGUGUUCUGCUUGCCAGCCACGUGCUUUGAGUACCCAAACUUCUUCCGUGUAGUGAUCACUGUACCUGAGGAGAUGAUCUUGGAGGCCUGCAGUCGCAUUCAGGAGUUCUGUGAGAUGCACUACCAGGGUGCUGAGGGGGCCCAGGAUCUGGAGUGUGACAAGUAGCUACAGCUGGCCCUUUGCCUCUAUCAGGCUAGACCUUGUAUGAGGCCCAGCUGGGCAGGCAAGGCUGCUUCCAACCAGUCCCACCUCUCCCUGCCUGUAAGCAGCCACUGUCCUGCUGCUUCACUUUUUGUGCUCCACAGACUCCUCAGCAUUAUGGAAAGAAGAACACUUCUCUCUCCUCCUCCACUAGAGCUUGUACAUCCUCUUGCUUCCAGUCCCCCAUGUCUCUGUAGAAUCAGCAUCUGUGCCCUGUGUUGGUCUGUGCUACCCACGAACCAGCUGCACUCCGGGGCAGAAGGUUGUUCCUGGGUUGGGCCCUGUGGCAAAGGCCCUGUUGGCCUGUGGUUCCUGUGCUGGGCACACUUCCCCUUGGGGACAGGAGAAGGCUGCUGUCUUGAAGGAUAAGAGAAACGUACCCAUCUCUCACUUCCCUGUGUUACCUUAGGAUGCCAGAGCUCUUUAUACUGAACCCUUUGUGUGAUAAAGGGAGUAAGUUAUUGUAACUUUUUUAUUAAUAAAAAUUCUGACAUGGCAGUCCUGCACUGUCCUACUGUUGUGGUAGGUUAGGCUUGGUCAUUGCGUGGGUCACCUUUGCUCACCUCAUGGUAUUGCAGUGCACUAGGCAUGUCCCUGCCUGCCCAGGGCCAUCCUGUGUUCCAGCAGGGAUAGGGUGAGAGUGAUUCAGACCCCCAAAGAAACCCACCAACCCUGAGAACAGGAUGGGCCCUAAAGCUUGACACAGACUGGAGCCAGGCCCUCCUGCCCCGAUGAUGUUGGCAGCUUGCUGUGGCAGCCAGUCCACUCCCCACAGAACAAUCCUGUCUGCACCUUCUCCUUGGCCCUCACAGCCUCCCCCACUGCGGACCCUAGCAGAGCAGUGGGUGCUGUGCUUGCUGCUGCAGGGAGGCAACUGUCCCCAGGACUGGAGCCAGCCAUGCCUUAGUACUCAAGGCUUGGCAUGCCUUUCCUGCUGUAAUGGUGAAUCAUGGGGUGGCACCCCACAGCUCAUACUCUACGUGGUGUUUGUGACAUGCCAGCAGUACCAAGGUUACUGAUUGCUGAAUACGUCAGCUCCAUAAAGUAAUAAGGAACUGGUAGCCUGUUUUCUGUUUAUUCAGUGGAAAUGGGAGGAGAUGAUAAAUGCCCAUUGCAGCAUGUGUUCUGGUGAGAUGCUCAGGACCCAUUUCUGGAACUCUCAGAGGGGCAACUUGUGGAGUGCCUUACAUUGCCACCUUCAGCUCUGUUCACGUGUCCUCCUACAGGGUUGGGAUCCACAGAUCAACCCUGCCUCCCCAGUGACAGGAAAAGUGAGCCAGCUCUAGAUUACACCCAGCCAGUUCUGCCAGGUUCUAUAACAGUCUAAUUGUCUCCCCUUACCUCUCCCAGUACAAAGUCUAGGUACCAGCACUCUAUUAGAGGGGAGGGCUAAAUGAGAAAGAUAGCAGUGUAUGAAAAGGUCUUUGACAUGUCAACUAAGUGUCCAUGCUACAUCUUUUCCUUUCAAAGAAAGCAAUCCCAGAACAAAAAGAGAGAGAAGCUAUGGGUGAAUGGUACGCAGCUUCAGAGAUUUCAUGCCAUUAUACCUUCAAAUAGAGCUGAAUAACCAGAACUGCUUAAGAAAAGACAUUGACAAGUAACAAGCAGGAUGGUGUGUGGAGGGUCUGUUGGACCAGGAGACCUUUACAACAUAAUGUUGCUGCAUUGUUAACGCCACCUUGAACCUACUAUAGUUUUCAUGUACCAUCUGCUUCCUUCAACUCUUCUCCAUGUACCUUAGGUUCUGUGGCUUUAAUCCCCAUUACUAAUAAACAGAUCCUGGUUUUAGAGAAAGCUGAUCCUUUGAGAUCACUUUUCCUUCAGAAACACCUUUUCUUUCAGAGUCCCCCCAGAGAUGUCUGUUAACAUGCAAAUAUUCUGCAAUAAUUAACACGAUCCUGUUUCUUUUUGACCAAGCAGCAUUUGACUGAGAAGGCUGAGAGAGCCAGCAACAUAGGCAUAUACAUACCUCAUAAUCUCAGGAUAUUUUGAUUUCUCAAGGCCACAUCCUCCAUUGUCAUCUUUUGUAAAGAUAUCCUUUUAACCACACCUAGGUUUUCCCUGAUGCAAUAGCAAACUAGCAUUAAACCACAAAUGUGCUGGUAUCAUUUUUCAGGUAUUAUACUCACAGAUGCUUUGUGUCAUAGUGGGGGUGUAGGUUAGAGCACCUUGCCAGCCAUACAAACUUGCCUAAGUUGGAGUUUGGAGGUACUCUGUGCCAAAGAAAACCCCUUCAGCAUUGAGACCAAGGAAGAAGUCAAGACACAGAUCUGAAGCUGCUCUUUGGAGAUGCUCAGACAGGAUCUCCAGAGCUUUAGCAGAGCUGCCUCAGUGCCCUUUUAACUGAUUAUGAGAAGGUAAGGGAAGAUUGGCAAGGAAGAUUGUAAAUACACUCAAAUGUCUUGCAGGCGAAGUGUAGAAAAACACUAUUAUAUUAAUUGUUGUUUAGUCUUGUGUGUUUUGUAAUUGGUACAUCUGUCUUUAUAUAAAUAGGCCUGUGCUAGACUUAGAACCACCCUAUUAAACAUGCUUGACAUUCCUGCUUUGCUGUGGUAAAGAUCAAAUCUCAGUGGUAUAAACUGUGCCUGCAAUAAUCCCUGAUAUACAUGUGAAAACAACAUUUUUGGUGAUCCUCGAGCAUGGACUAGAUUCCACAGUGUUGGCAUCCCUGUUUGUGUACCUCUGCCUGGGUCCUACUUUGACAAUUCCCUGGUUGGUGAGGUAAUGGAAAUAAAUUUACUCUGCAUUUUA